AUGACUGAUGUGUGUGAGGGCUUAUUGGCCAAGCUGAACGAGCUCAUGGACUUCCUGCACUUUGCCAAGCUGCCGAGCGCCAAGUUCCACGGCGUUGUAACUUUUAUGUUUCGAGCCUCUUCGGAAGCCGGCAGCUCUUUUGCUUGUAUACGGACUAUCGAUAUGCGUCACGGGUUAGAGGUGGACAAUACGACGCUGCAUCCUCAAGACCCUUUUGUUCCAGAGGUAGCGGUCGUCUACGUGAGUCUCGCCGAUUUCUUGUACAUGUACUCGGGAGAGGCGACAGCGACGGAGAUCGCGUCGAUGGUCAUGUCUGGUCGUGUGUCGGUGCCUUGGAGCUCGUACAGCAAGUUGAAGGCUUUUGCCGAGUGUUUCGACUUUUCCACGGACAAGUGGGAGGCCUAUUAUGCAGACUUGAAGACUCGCGAGCGUGAGACGAAGACGCUGCAGUGCACGCAGUUAUGCUGUAGACAGAGCACAAAAGAGGACAUCGAGGCGAAUUGGCUGCUGGUGUCGGAUGCAACAACGACGACGUCCGGAGGUGGGGACUGGGAGGUUGUCUCGGGUCUGCAGUGCUUGCAUGUGCCACAGAAGGAAAAGCUCAAGGAGCUAAAGCAAGGGCACGUAUUGACGUCGUUGGAGGAAUGGCUAUCCAAGUUGUGGCCCAGCAACGGCUCUCGGGUUGACGAAGCGCGUCCGGCUCAGUCCCUCUCGACUCACGUCAGGCAUUCGUUCAGCGAUCUGAAAUCAAUGGCUGGGAAGCUCUUCGUGUCGCUAGAAGCUUAG